AUGGCGCAAGUAGAUGCCGUGUGUUCCCUGACCCUCGAUCUGCCGCCCAGCUGCAUAGCCUUUUGUCCGAAUCAAUCGAACUUUUUCGUGGUUGGCACGUACUACUUGCAUGGAAAGGAGCAGCAAGGUGAUGUACGUGAGGCCAACAACGCAGAACCUCCGUCCGAAGAUCCCAAGAACACACCGCCAUCUGCUGGUGAGUCCGCGCAAAAGCGCACAGGAAGCCUGAUCCUCUUCCAGCUAGAGCAAGAUAACAUUACGAAAGUAUCCACCAUCAUCACGGACUUUGCUAUUCUCGACAUACAGUGGACUCCCCAUCCCGAAAUAGUGGGCGACAUACUAGCGGUUGCGACAUCAACAGGGUUACUUGCUUUUUACCGGUUAGAUGCAGCACGCCGGGAGCUCGUGCUAUCAUGUGUCAGGCGCAUUUGUGACUCCACGAUAUUGGUGCUAUCACUCACGUGGCAUCCGUUCCGGCCUCACGUCCUCGGGUCAACGCUGUCCAACGGAAACGUGCUGCUCUGUGAAUGCAACAGCAGCAGCAGCAGCAGCAGCAGCAGCACGGAAGGCCAAUUGUGGAGCCAAGAUGCUGUGAUCACAAUGCACGAUAUUCAGCAGCAUGAGUUGGAAGCCUGGACUAUGGCCUUCACACCUCAGACGGGAAACGCUAUUUCCGGCGGCGAUGACAUCGUUCUGCAGUGCUCACAAAUCCAAGACGAGCAUGAAAACAGCAUGCAAAUCGAGGCUCUGUGGAAAGAUCGUAAGCUCCAUGAAGCCGGAGUCACCGCCAUCCUGCCACUUUCCGAUACCCUUGUGGUGACCGGCAGCUACGAUGAUCAUAUUCGGUUGCUAUCAUUGCCCUCAGUAGGCAGACGGCAGACGCUGGCCUCGCUCUACCUAGGAGGCGGUGUCUGGCGAUUGAAAGUGCUCGCACGAGAGGCCGCCGUUAGUGUGCCUAAUAAAAAUAUGCAGGAAGCCUCGGACUCAGCCCUGCGGCAGCCAUGCACAAGCCUCGUACUACUUGUCAGUUGCAUGCAUGCUGGUGCUCGCAUUGUAAGGAUGGCACGGAGCAGGAGUGAGGAAUGGAAUUUCGAAGUUCUGGCGAGGUUCGAGGAGCACAAGAGUAUGAAUUACGGGAGUGACGUGCAGCCCGAACGAGACGGAGGAGGUACUGUAUCAAACAGAAGCAUUGUGAGUACGAGCUUCUAUGACAGAUUGCUAUGCUUGUGGAAAAUC